CACAAAAAAGGUGAGGCAGAAACACCAAAUAACAUUGUGUAUUAUACACUAGUGGUUUAGAUUAGCGAUGGCUUCUGCUCCUUGUCUUAGCUUACUGGUGCUCGUGGCAAUGGCCUCCGCGGCAUCGGCGCAGCUGUCGCCGACGUUCUACCUCGCAUCGUGCCCGAGCGCGUUGUUCAUCAUCCAAACUGCGGUCCAGGCCGCAGUGAAUAGCGAGCCCCGCAUGGGGGCGUCGCUGGUCCGGCUUCACUUCCACGACUGCUUUGUCGAUGGAUGUGACGGAUCCGUUCUGUUGGCAGACACGGGGAGCUUCGUCGGCGAGCAGGGGGCUGCUCCCAACGCCGGUUCCAUUCGAGGAAUGAACGUCAUCGACAACAUCAAGACCCAGGUCGAGGCCGCCUGCACGCAGACCGUCUCCUGCGCUGACAUCCUCGCCGUCGCCGCCCGUGACUCCGUCGUUGCGCUGGGAGGGCCAACAUGGCCUGUUCUUCUGGGGAGGAGGGACUCCACGACCGCAAGCAAGACCAAUGCAGAAAAUGACCUCCCACCUCCUACCUUCGACCUCCAAAACCUCACGACCGCGUUCGCCAACAAGCAGCUCAGCAUAACAGACAUGGUUGCGCUCUCAGGCGCCCACACGCUCGGACAAUCGCAGUGCCGGUUUUUCAGGAACAGGAUCUACAACGAGGCCAACAUCAACACGGCCUUCGCGACGGCGCUCAAGGCCAACUGCCCCCAGUCCGGCGGCGACAGCAGCCUGGCGCCGCUGGACACAGCGACGCCCAACGCGUUCGACAACGCCUAUUACAGCAACCUGAUUUCGCAGAAGGGGCUCCUACACUCGGACCAGGCGCUGUUCAAUGGCGGCGGUGCCGACAACACGGUCAUGAGCUUCGCGUCCAGCGCAGCGACAUUCAACAACGCCUUCGCCACAGCCAUGGUGAAGAUGGGGAACAUUGCGCCGAAGACUGGGACGCAGGGGCAGAUCAGGCUCGUCUGCUCCAAGGUCAACUCGUAAUCUCCACGCCGCCGACGCUCUGCUGCUGCUACGCAUGCAUGAAUGAAUUAAUAAGGUCUCGGAGACCAGCUGUACCAGCACCUACGAGUACGUAGCGUGUGUAUUUGGGCGGGUGGUUGGAAAUUGUACUUGUGCAUGUGUGCAUCUACACAUGUGUAACAAAUUCUCGUGCAAAAGCACGACGAAUUGCUUCCUUUUAUCUAUGACAUCUGUACUUUGAGAUGUUACUAUCUGGCAUCUGCCACUUGAAGUCUUUAACCCUCUCCA